GAUGCAUUAAGUCCUCUUAUCUGGCAGUAAUUGAUGAUUAUCAGUCAGUUUAAUCGAUCAUAGUAUCGUGUUGCAAUUGCUAAUUAUCAAGUCUACUGUAACAUACACUUAAAUUAACUUUCCCCUAAUUGAUUAAUGAAACACUAUCAUUCAGCAUGUUUCAUGGCAGAGGAUUGGUUUUAUGAUGUGGAAAGAUGGAAGUGGAACUGGACAGAGUUCUGUGGACAAAAUAGAGGUAUUAAACCUUUGAAUCCAGAGACACAUGACCUAGAUAUUUGUUUCCAACAACUUUGUCUUCAGGUGCCAGUAUUAGUUCUCAUAGCUAUAAUUUCUGCGUAUCAUUGUGGAAAGAAACAUACAGUUAUAAGACGACAACAGUAUACCUAUCGUGCUAUAAACAUAAGAAUUCUAAUCACAAUAUGCUUAGUGAUACUCCCUAUUAUAAGGGCAUAUAUUAUUUUGACAAAAACUACUAUCCCUUUGGUGCACAAUGAGGUGCAAGACUAUAAUACAUUAGUACCACGAAAAUUAAACACUUUUCCCUCUGAUAGCAUAAAUUCAACUUUGGAUGGGAUAAAUAUCAUAAGCAGGAUACAUGGCGGAUUAAAUCGCACUGUUGGGCUUGACAAAUUACUUUUCUCACCGAAAAGCAAUGUUAAUCAUAUUGCUACAACAGCUAUUGCACCAUACAUCAGCGAUUAUGAGCCAAUAUUAUCAAAAAUUAACGAUAAAUUCACUUCCGCUAAACCAGUGGAUUAUCUUGUCGCGGGAACUGAAGGUUUAGCAUGGGUUGUGCAUCUCUUCUUUAUAUUGAGCUUAAAACGUGGAAGACGUGGCCCCAAUCCACGAGGUCCGAUAUUGAUACGAGCACUAAUACUCCUUUUGAUUGUUAUUUCUAUGCUAUUACUACGCAGCCACGUCAAGAAUACACCGAAAGAUGAUGUUUUGCCAAACUUAUCGCUGGGAUUUAGUAUCAGCGUGGUCACUUUUCUGAUACUGUAUAUCAUAACAUUGAUACCAGGUCCUAGUAGACUGGAGCACAUGAGAACAUCAUCUCGAAAUAUUGCAAUAGGAGAACGCACUGCACUAUUAAAUACUCCCACUUCUUCGUACGUACAAUUUCCGGAGGAACAGGAUCCAAAUUACCUUGGGAUUGCUAUGGAAGAUACAACCAUCACCUCGAAACUUCUGUUCCAUUGGGUAACUCCGUUAAUGGAAAAAGGUGUUAGAGGGUCAUUGAGCCAUUCGGAGGACUUGUUUGAUUUACCCGACCAGAUCAGUACCAACACAAUCAGCCAUAAAAUUGAUAAAUGUUUAUAUAAUACGCUAAAACCUGUAAGCAACGGAAUCGAAAAUAACUCGGAAAUAUCACUUCAUCCAAACGUAAAAGUAAUUACGAAGAAAGUGACAUUGUUCUACUUGCUGCAUCAAUGUUUCGGCUGGGAAUUUUACGCGGUUGGCAUACUGAAGUUUAUUGCUGACUGUAGCUCAUUCAUGGGGCCAAUAUUGUUGAACAAACUGAUAGGUUUUAUCGAAGAUAAAGACGAACCAAUUUCAUAUGGAUACUUAUACGCAUCUCUUAUAAUAAUCAGCGCUAUAAUUGGUGCCUUUUGUAAUACGCAUUUUACAUUUUGGAUGUCAGUUGUGGGCUUGAAGAUUCGUUCCGCAAUUAUUACUUUAGUGUAUCGGAAAACAUUAUAUUCUUCUAAUAUCGAUUUGAAUCAGAAUUUCAAUUUUGGUGAAAUUGUAAAUUUUAUGAGUACUGAUAGUGAUAGAUUGGUUAACAGCUGUCCUAGUUUUCAUGUAUUUUGGAGUAUACCUUUUCAGUUAUUCGUGACGUUAUAUCUUUUGCAUCAGCAAAUCGGCGCUUCGUUCUUAGCUGGUGUUGCAUUUUCGAUAAUGCUUAUACCAAUUAAUAAAUUCAUAGCAAAUAAAAUUGGUAAACUCAGCACUAAAUUAAUGGAAUACAAAGAUCAGCGAGUGAGACUGGUAGGAGAGACAUUGCGUGGGAUAACUACGAUCAAAGUUAAUGUGUGGGAAGAACACUUUCUACGAAGUAUUUUCAAGCUUCGUGAAAGUGAGGUGAAGUAUUUACGAGGUAGAAAAUAUCUGGAUGCUCUUUGUGUUUAUUUUUGGGCAACUACACCUGUUCUCAUCGCAAUAUUAACAUUUGCGACAUACGUUUUGCUUGGAAAUGAACUAGACGUCAAAACCGUCUUCACCAGUAUGGCGUUGUUAAACAUGUUAAUAGGGCCUUUAAAUGCGUUCCCGUGGGUUUUAAAUGGUCUUACGGAAGCAUGGGUAUCUCUCAAAAGAAUUCAAAGAAUGCUGGACCUGCCAGAUAUGGACGCAUCGUUGUACUACACAGAUAUUACUCCAGACGUAGACUUGUUGUUACAAAAUGUAACAUUCAUUGUGAAUAGUCCGAGGAGUAACGAUGUUAAUAAAAACACAAGUUUGAAAGCUGUAGCAACUCCAUCUUCAAGCGCUGAGAAUAAAAGAAACGUUACUUUCGAAAGUGACGAUACCUUCGCAUUAUAUAAUAUUAAUAUGUCCGUGCAGAAGGGGCAAUUGAUCGGUAUUAUGGGCAAGAUUGGAAGCGGGAAAACUCUACUUCUGGAUGGUAUUUUGGCAGAAAUUACAAAAACCACAGGAGUUAUAGCAGUUAACGAUGACCACAAGGGUUUUGGAUACGUGAAACAAAAUCCUUGGUUACAACGUGGCACGAUUAGAGAUAACAUUCUGUUCGGAAAAGCAUACGAUCAUAAUAAAUAUAAGAACAUUUUAAAGGCUUGCGCCCUCACAUCUGAUUUGAAUAUAUUACCUAACAAGGACUUAACGACUGUUGGCGAAGCCGGCAAUACGUUGAGUGGCGGCCAAAAGACGAGAAUCUCUUUGGCACGUGCUAUAUACGCUGAUAAAGACAUUUAUUUGCUGGAUGACAUAUUAGCGACAUUGGACGUCAAAGUUGCCAAAUAUGUUUUCCAGCAUGUAAUCCUAGGUCUGCUACGAAAUAAAACUAGGAUACUGUGUACGCAUCAAACACAAUAUUUGAUUCAUGCGGAUUUGGUGAUUGAAAUGUCGAAAGGGAAAAUUAUUAAUCAAGGAAAACCGAGCGACAUACUGCCCGAUCUGGAAGAUUACCUUCUGUCAACAGAAUCUAUCGAAUCUGACUUGGAUGUCCAAUCUAUGAAAAUACCGCCUAUCGAGUUUAGUUUGGCUGGAAAUAAAGAAAUAGAUCCAUUACUUGAUAAAGAAGUAAUGGAGAAAGGAACAGUACAUUUUUCAGUGUACAUGUACUAUACUAAGGCUGUAGGACGAUAUUUGGCUAUCUCGAUAUUACUCUCAAUGAUUUUAAUGCAAAGCUCGAAAAAUAUCACGGAUUUGUGGUUGUCGUAUUGGGUGACCCAUACAAACGCAACGACGACCAAUUCAACUGACACGUCGACACUGAAAAAUUCGCACUUCUAUUACAAUAAUUACGGCUUACAUGAUACAAAUUAUUAUCUGACGGUUUACAGCCUGCUGGCUGUAGCUAAUUCUGUUUUCACUUUGAUCAGAGCUUUUAUUUUUGCGUAUGGUGGUUUACAAGCGGCCAUUAUGAUGCACAAACAUCUUUUGAAGACAGUUGUACGGGCGAAAAGAACAUUUUUUGAUAUUCAACCACUUGGCAGAAUUGUAAACAGAUUCUCAUCUGACACGUAUACAGUCGAUGAUUCGCUUCCUUUCAUUGCUAACAUUUUGUUAGCAAAUCUGUUUGGUUUGAUUGCUACUAUUAUAGUUACGGCUUAUGGGUUACCAUGGAUAUUCUUAGUAUUAGCACCUCUAGUGCCUAUUUAUCACUGGAUACAAAAUCAUUACAGAUUAACGUCCAGAGAGGUAAAACGAUUAUCUAGUGUAACGUUGUCUCCUCUAUAUGCCCAUUUCAAUGAGACUCUUAGCGGCUUGACGAGUAUCAGAGCGUACCGUACUGUACCCCGUUUUAAACAGGAAAAUGAACUGUUAUUAGAAGCUAGCCAAAAAGCGCAAUUUGCUUCUCUGGCUGCUAGCCAAUGGCUAGCAUUGAGAUUACAAUUUAUUGGUGUCACCCUUUUAGCUGGAAUCAGCAUUAUGGCAGUUUUGCAACAUCAAUACAACAUCGCUGAUCCUGGUUUAAUCGGCCUGGCGAUCACAUACGCUUUGUCCAUAACCACAUUACUAUCUGGAGUGGUGAACUCUUUUACCGAGACUGAAAGAGAAAUGAUCGCGGUGGAACGAGUGAAACAGUAUUUAGAUAAUGUACCCACUGAGAACGCGAUGGGUGAUAAUCCGCCCUACGCAUGGCCUAGUCAGGGUGUGGUUGAAUUUAGAGAAGUCGUUUUAAAGUACAGAGAUCAUUUAGUGCCAUCGUUGAAAGAAGUAACGUUUAUAACGCGACCUGCGGAAAAGAUAGGCGUCGUUGGUCGCACUGGCGCUGGAAAAAGUUCAUUGUUAUCUUCGUUGUUCCGACUGACGGAAAUUACUUCUGGGAAUAUAUUAAUUGAUAACGUGAACAUUCAAACGCUACAACUGAAAGCAUUGAGAUCCCGCUUAGCUAUUAUACCUCAGAAUCCAUUUCUCUUCUCGGGCACCAUCCGAGAGAAUGUGGAUCCAUUGGAUCAGUACACCGAUGUACAUAUAUACAAAGCUCUGGAGAAAUGUAAAGUACAGUCUUUGGUGUAUCGAUUGGGUGGCUUGGGUGCAGUCUUAGAUGAAGGUGGCGGUAAUCUUAGCGCCGGUCAGAGACAAUUGUUUUGCUUAGUCAGAGCUGUACUACAUAAUGCUAAGAUCGUUUGCAUCGAUGAAGCUACGGCGAACGUAGACCAGGAAACAGAUAAGUUUAUUCAAGCGACGAUAAAGUCUUCCUUCCAAAGCGCGACAGUGAUUACCAUCGCUCAUAGAAUAAGGACGAUUAUGCACUGUGAUAGAGUUUUAGUAAUGGGAGAUGGAGAAGUAUUGGAAUUCGAUGAGCCAAAUUUAUUGAUUCAGAACGCCGACUCCUACUUCUAUCAUUUAGCCAGUCAAGAAUUUUCGGAUCAAGAGUGAUCAAGUAUACUACAGAAUUUCACUUCGGAUAGUUUGUGAUGACGAUGAUGAUUGUACGUGGUAUUAUGUGACUGUAUAUAGUGCAUUAUAUAUAUAAAAUAUAUUUCUUUAAAGACAAAAUAUUUUUCAUACAAAUAUGACAGGAUUAUAUUCUAGAUUAAGAUUACUCUAAGUGCAUUAUUCAUGAAAGCGAAUGUUUUUAUUUGUGAAACAUAUAUGUGAUACAUUUUACUAUGGUUCGUUGCCACAAACAAUAGCCGAAAUUGUAUGAGGCUUAAGAUUCCUUUUUCCUCAUUGCGACUAUCUUGAUUAGUGACAAUAGGAACAACAUAUAAAAAAAAACUCAAAGUUUCUGUAGAAUAUGUUAAAAUAAGAAGAUAUAUACAUAAAAUGACAUUUGUGAUGAAUUGCAAGCAAAGAUUUCUCUUUGUUCCAAUCGCCAAUAAACAGUCAUAAAAUUAACGUGACAAAAUCACAAAAUUAGCCAUACCUCACAUUAAUUUUAUGGAUAUAUCUUUAUAUUUUAACGUAUUUUGUAGCGUAUUUUGUUGUGUAUUUUCUUUCUUCAUUAAUCUAGAAAAUUGUAGCAUGUGACCAGGGUCUUUAACUAAUGUUUAUGGAAAAUGAUUCUGUGUAAAUUAUCUUUUCAUAUAUUUUGUAUAUAAAUAAACUUCUCGUGAAUGAACA